AUGGGGAAUAGCUCAGACACACAAAUAACAAAUGACUUGCGUUAUGGAAAGGUCAACAAGUUCACAUAUGAAAACUCAUUAAUAAUUUAAAAGGUGAUUGACUAUAAGAAUGCUCCUGAUUAAUUGGCUAAUUGCAUUCACAGAUGCUAAUUAAGUCAAUCAAUAAAUCAUAAAAACAUAAUAAAAUUGCACAAAUACGAAGUAGAUCAACUGAGUGUUUCGAUAUAUUUUGAACAUUAUGACUAUGAUUUAUAACAAGACAUUAAUAAAAGGAAACUAAAUAAUAACUAUUACCAAGAACAUGAACUGUUGCAGAUGCUUGAUCAAUUCGUUUCAGCGUUAGCCUACCUAUAAUAAUAAUAAAUUUUUCAUGAUGAUAUUAGACCCCAAAAUAUUUUCUUGACUCCAAAUGAUACAAUCAAAUUGAAUUAAUAAUGGGUGAUAGAUAAUACUCAAAACUAGCAAAGAUAUUAUGCACCUGAAUAACUCUAGCCAUAAGCUUCAAAUGUACAACCUAAUCCUUUUAAAAGUACAACCUACAGUCUAGGAAUCACAAUGCUGCAUCUAAUGACCUUAACAUCGAUGGAAAUAGUCUACCUAAAAAAUCAGGUGAAUCAAUCAUUGGUAAAUGAAAUACUGAGAUGCACAAACUACUCGAAUAAAUUAAUUAACAAAAUUUAGCAUUUACUAUUUUAAUCCCCUAAUUAACGAGCCGAUUACAUGUAUCAAGUUAAUAAAUAAGCCAAUUUAUAACAAAAACUGUUGUCCAGUCCCCCUAAAACUAUUUCAUCAAGUUAAAGAUAUGUUUACAGAACAUCCUAAUCGCCUUUAACCAGAACUAUUUAGCCUCGACAUUCUCACUCCCCUUUUACUUUCAGAAGAAUUGCUCAACUACAAACUCCCAUUUAACAAGUUCCUCCACAACAAAUAGCCAUUAUUCAGAGCAGUCCCAGAUAAAUAGUUACAAAUUCUAGUCCAAUGAAGGUAGUUAAAUAAUAAGAAUAAUAAUCCUAAUUGAUGUUCACUCCAAAUCAAUCCAUAAAGACCAAAGAGAUGCUCCAAAAAUUGGAUGAAGUCACUCCCAAGACUGAUCUAGAUUAUAGAAUAUAGAAGGCACUCAAAUAAACAAAUGAAACACUUAAAAAGAAUUACAUGUUGCAAUGA